AUGCAAGUUAAAGUUUUGGCUGUGGUGGUCGUGGCGCAGUGGAACUCGGGUUCAACUGAGUUCAACGCGACUUUCACUAUUGGAAGUGCUCGGCUUGGGUUGAGGAGCUGUUGGGUUUCAUAUCUUGUAAGUGAUGAGGAACUGAGUUCAACGCCACGUUCAACCUCUAUCUUUGUAAGUGAUGAGGAACAGAGGCAUUUGACACAUCCAAUUCUAGUUUAUCAAAGUAGAUUCAUACUUGGAUGCAUGUAUACAUCAUUCAAAUACUCAAAGGGAAAGACGAAGCAAGUGAAAAAAGAGAUCGACUGGUCUGGGCCUACCUUUUAA